AUGGCCGGCGUGAAUGGAGACCGUAAAGGCAAGAAAGAUGACAACGGCAUCGGCACAGCCAUCGAUUUCAUGCUGUCCAACGCUAAGCUCGUUUUGGGGGUCGGUGGAGCAGCCAUGCUAGGCAUUGCAACGCUCGCUGUCAAAAGAAUGUACGACCGUGCCAUCAGUGCUCCAACCAGCCCCACUAAGAUGGAGCAGAAAGGAAAACAAAGCUGGGAAGAGCCCGCCUGGGUGGGUUCGUCACCUCGGUUUCUGAACCACGACAUGAAGGCCACCGUUAGCAGGUCCCUCCAGUCCCUGCCCACCGCCUCAAAUUCAUUUGAACCAGACUAUCUGCGGAGGGCAGUGGGUCGAGCUGCGGUGAAAGGGAGCGGCCCGACCCAGUCCGACCUGCUCCGUGCUCGGAUGCGCCUCUCCCUGCAGGAGCGUCUGUGGGAUUUCUACCAAAACAAUGUGGACAUUCCUUCCGAGGAGCAGGCCGUGGCCCGCAGGGCAGCGCUGGACAUCUGCGCCGAGCUCAGAGUUUUCCUGCACGCCAAACUUCCCGACAUGCCGCUCCGGGAGAUGUACCUGAGCGGCAGCCUCUACGAUGACUUGCAGGUGGUGACGGCUGACCACGCCCAGCUCAUGGUGCCUCUCAUUUUGGAGAAGAACCUGUGGUCUUCCAUUCCAGGGGAGGACACAAUCAUGAACGUUCCGGGUUUUUGGUUGGUCCGCAGAGAGAACUUAGAAUAUUUCCCGCGGAACAGCAGCUACUGGGACCGCUGCAUGGUGGGAGGAUAUCUCUCCCCGAAAUCAGUCCUAGAAGUGUUUGACAAGCUGGUCGGUUCUAUCAACUGGCCCGCUAUUGGCAGCGUGCUAGACUAUGUGAUUCGUCCUGUGGUCCCCUCAGAAACCCUGACCCUGGAGGUGCAGUACGAGACGGACCGUAAGCUUUAUGUUGACUUUUUGCCAUUACUCGUAAUGGAAGAUGGGACAUCUCUCAUAGCCAAACCGCAUCGGCUUGCCGCAGAGCGCCACGAGAACCUGUGGAGGCAGAGCUUCCGCGUUGCCGAAACCGCACGACUUAGGGCCUUGGAUCAAGAAGAUGGAGGCUAUCGAUGCGCUUGCCUCAAGGUGGCCAAGGCCGUGUGCAAGCUCAAUCCUGCUCUCAACCGGCUUAAUGCCAGCCAGCUCACCAACGCCAUCUUGCUGCUAAGUGAAAAACAACGUAACUGGACCCACGAGGCGCUGGCGGACAACUUCCUGCAGCUGCUAAAGGUGUUAGUGGGCUACCUGGAGGCGGGGCAGCUCCCCUGUGCCCUGAGCCCAAAAGUGAACUUAUUCUGUGAAUUGACUGAACAGGAAGUGGAUGAGCUGGGCUACACGCUCUACUGUGCGCUCUCAGAACCCGAAUCGCUUCUGGUGACUGCGGCGACGCAGCUUCCGCAUCCCUCCUAAAAAAAAAAAAAAAAAAAAAAAAAAAUCAGUACCUAUGUGGCACUCACUCAGUCACUCUUCAGGCAAUGUUGACCUGCAGGCAUCAUUUUUCAGGACUUAUAAUAAACCUGAUACCAACAUCUGAGAAUUUUGUCCAAUGGCAUUCACUUGGUCUUGAGAUCGGUUUGACUUUUGUGUGUCCCGAGUAUAGUUUUCAAUCUCAGAUGUCCGUCAAGCCCAAAAAUGAUGGUGUCUUGUACCGUUGCCAUUGUAUUAAUGAAGUUGGUGUUUCAUGCAUCGUCUUGAUAAGGUAAAAACUUUACUUGUAAUCUAUGUUACUCUGCAUCAGAUCGUAGCACUUUUAAACUGAUCGGACACCUUUAGGUUGUCCGACACCUCUCAUGCAUUUUAUGAUUACGGAACUGUGACACUACGUCGAAAAGGAAUGGAAUGUUGAAAUUAUGUCAACACAAAAGCUAAUAACAUGCUGAUAAAUGAAUAAAUGGAUUCGCCAAGACGCUCAUGGUUCCUCAGUCAGACAAAAGCUUUAAUGUUCUCAUAUUUCAAUGUGGACUAAAGCGUUUGCAAGAACACUUAACUAAUAUGCUGUCCUCUUUGAAAACGAAUGCAUAACGUCGGCAGCCAGUGAGUGUCAGGUGGUUGCAUUAUGAAUCCUAAAAUGUCAUCUCUUAACCGGUGAUCGCCGAUGUUCUCAUUAAGUCAGAAUAAUACACAGCAGCAGAUUGUUUUAUUUCGCUGAACUACUUUUUUCAUGAACAGAAACUAUUCCCUUUACUGCCUGUGUGUGUACAAAGCUGCUCUUUGUUUCCCUCUUAUGAACAGAACCUUUCUCUACUUGUAUAGCAACUGAUUGGUGCAUUCAGUACACCUUUUUUUUUUUCUUUUUUAAAUAUUUAGUGGAAUGAUGCAUAACUUUGGGACUGAUGUCCAUGUGAGGACACUCAAUUUUCCCCAAGAAAUUUAAUUAAGUGUGUUAGCUGUUUUUUGCUUGUUAGGAAUCAGAUCUGCGACACAUUAAGUGGUCGGUACCAUUUUGAAGAUAUUGGACCACCCUUUUAUUCAAUUUCCAUAAUACUUUUUUCCCCAUUUUGAUAUGCUUCAUUUAGUUGUAUUCCAAGUGAUUUUUGGUUAAAGAAAAUCAUAGAAAAUGGCUAAAUUUGAGCAGUUUAAAAUGGUAACAUUUAUCCAAACGGAGUUAGCGCAGGUAUUAAAAAUGAACGUGAAACUAAAGAUACAAGGGUGGUCUAAUAAUUUUUCUCAUGACUAAAGAUUAUAAACACGCACACAGGCUUUCUUGUUUUAAGUUUAUUUCUUUCAAACCUUUCAGCUGCUCUCUCUCUCUCUCAUACAGAAAUGGACACUUGUUCCGUACAGCACAAGUACAGAUGCGCUACUUCUCACCACACCUCACUUUCUCAUCCACGGUGCAUUAGUUAGUCUAAUUAACUUCAGGUCGUCCAUCCCCGGCCAAAGGGCGUGAGUAACAGCAGCUGCUGGAAAAGCAAGUUCAAAUAUUUGUCUGGAAAAACAAGUGCAUGGUAGAUUUUUUUUGCUGUCAGGUUUAGCCUUAGGAUGAAGAACCGGCGACGUGUCGAGCACUUUCAUGGAAGGAUCCAAUUCCUUUAGGCAUUCAGUUGAAAAUAUAUUGAAUCGUAGGAAAGCAGGUACAUAUUUUUGUAUUGUACAUUUGCAACUAAAAGGAUUACUGGAAAUGACUGAAGUACCUGUGUGUAUUAUUCUGUGCUUUGUGUCGAAUUUGACAAUCUGAGGUCUUUGUGUGCAUGUUAAGUAUUCUUUCACAGCCUAGUUUGUUAAAAAAUGUCUAUUUGGAGGGCGGGAGGGAGUGUGCCAUGAUUAUUCUGUUUAUGAAAUUCAAAACCCAAAGUAGAUUUCUACCUCUACCUUGUGGGGUUCACACUGGCCAUGUGCAUGCUGUGCUUUAUCCCCAGCUUUGUUUUAUUGUUGGUACAGCUCUGGAACUGAGCAUCACUUUGGAAGCAUAGAAAUAAAUGGAACAAAAUUGCUUUUUAAAACC